AUGUGCGGCAUGUGCCAUCUACGUAUGCGGCUGUGCUACAACAACCGCCGGUGCUCCAUGUGCAACGCGGACAUGUCGAGGUGUGUGCUGGUCUACUGGGGCGAACAUGGCCCCGCGGAUUUCCACGAAUACGAGGCCCAGUACCGUGCGGACCCGGGCAACUUCUGGCACGACCAGUCCUGGGCCCCCGGCGUCCUGGUCUCCAAGGCGGACCCCUCGUCGCGCCAGGGGGGGGGUCCCGGCCGCGGCAAGCGCCGCACUCCCCGGCUGGGGCUGCGGCUGCUCCGUGCGACGUCGCUGUCGUGCAGGACGUGCGACAAGCACGCGAAGAAGCGCUACCAGACGCCCGCGCAGCUCGCCAGGCACGUGUCGGAGACGCACGGCCGUCACAUGUGUCAGGUCUGCCUGCGGGCUGGAAGGGAGUUCCCGCGCGAGCUGGACACGUACGCGCAGGGCGACCUGCGGCACCACAUCGAGGAGUCCCACCCGCCGUGCGUCUUCUGCCGCACGCCCUUCUACGACGACGAGGCCCUCCACCAACACAUGCGCCACGCACACGUCUGCUGCGACGUGUGCCUCCUCAUGGGCGACGAGGGCGCCUUCUUCCGCAACCACUCCGAACUCCGCUCCCACCUGCGCGACGUCCACUUCGUCUGCCUCCAGGGCGAGUGCCGCGAGUCUGGCCUCGUGGCAUUCCGUACAGAGGCUGAGCUAGAGCAGCAUGUGCACGAACAGCACUCCGGACGCAUGCCGCGGUUCGAUCGGGCCCGGCAGCAGCAGCUCGACCUGGCCGCGGCCGCGAGCCACGCGGGCCGCGCGCCCGCGCCGGCGAUGCCGUCCGGCCCGGGCGGGAGGGGGGGGGGCGUUGGGUCUGACUUCCCGGAACUCCCCGGGGCCGGGCAGCUGCCGAGCGGGCCGGGCGAGGCCAUGCUCGCACGCGGGCGCGGGCGCGGCGGGCGCGGCGGCGCGGCGCGCACGUGCACAGGCGACCGCGUCGACGCCGACAUCCCCAUGGCUGGCUGGCGCAACGCGCCGCCCACCACCUCUACUCAGACCCCCCCCCCCAGCGCCAUCAUCCGGCCGAGCACCGAUACCGGCACGAGCGGCCCGGGAUGGUGA